AUGCAGCCCCCUGCCAACCGGAAAGAGAUAGACACCAGGCCUACUUUGCACAUCGAGGCCCGAGUCAAGAAUGACGAAGACAUCAUCAUCCGAACGGACAUGAUCCGCGAUGAAGUGACGAAAUGGCUCUUGGAGACGUUCGCCGUGCUAAGCUUGGGACAGGAAAUAACCUCCUUCGCUGACAUGGAUGCCGGUCACGCACAAUACCUGGACGUGAUCAAGGUGAUGGAAUGUGUGGGUCAGCAGCAGGGGAGCGGUGCAUAUCGGCUAGAAGAUGUUGAGCUGAACGUGCAGGCAUACCAGCUCCGGGGAUCUGAUGUUGCCGACGACAAUUCUCAGCAGACAUAUGCUACUGCAAAUGGGAAAAGUGAUGAAGACGGGCCCCAAGCACGGAUUAUCAGCCUCCCCAGUAAGGAGCUGGAUGGGGUGUGGGAGUCGCUCCUAUUUGAUGAGCUGAUACCGUCAACUCUACUGCGAGCGGUGAGCAGGAUGCUUGUGUUUUCUUGGAGUAAACUGAACACCUGGACGAUCAAUUGGAACAGACUUAUCCUGCUCUAUGGCCCGCCGGGGACCGGCAAGACCAGUCUUUGCCGUGGGCUAGCACAGAAACUGUCAAUCCGCGUGGGCAAACAGUUUGCGCAGAGUAAGAUGGUAGAAAUCAAUGCGCACUCAUUAGGGAGUAAAUACUUUAGUGAAAGUGGGAAGCUCGUGACCAAAAUGUUUGACAAUAUCGAAAAUAUGCUGGAGGAGGAACCAGAUACAUUUACAUGUGUGUUCAUCGACGAGGUGGAAACAUUGACGGCCAAACGAGAGAAGAGCGUACAGGGCAACGAGCCCUUUGACGCAAUGAGAGCAGUUAAUGCUAUUCUGACAGCACUGGAUCGGCUCAGACACCGACCCAAUGUGGUUGUUCUUUGUACGAGCAACCUUAUAACUGCUUUGGAUUCUGCAUUUCUCGACCGGGUUGACAUAAAGCAGUUCAUCCCUCACCCAACCAGCCGGGUCAUAUACGAGAUAUACAGGAGCUGCCUGGAGAACCUGAGCGAAUGCGGGCUGAUUCACGGAUCAACCUUUGACGUGAUCCGUGUCGAGCAGGACAAUCCAGCCACAGAGUUGAAGUAUGUCUCGUGCCCAGCAGAGACAUUGGUUCUCCCCAGCCAUACAGAGUUGGUGUUGUGGUACCAGCUUUUUCCGGAGUCCAUUCCCAAGCAGCUGGCAGAUGUAGCUGAGGCGAGUGUGGGGUUGAGUGGUCGUAGUUUGCGCAGACUGCCAGUACUAUCACUGGUUCUGCAUACAGACCACGCGAGUUGCAGUAUUGAGCAAGCCGUGCGGGCGCUGGCUCGGGGGGUGGAGGAGGAGAAAAGGGCAGUGCGGAGGCAGGAGAAAGUUCCUGCAAUAAUUGAUGCCAAUCAAGUGUCAGCGUUUGUCACUCAUUUGUCACCUACUGCCAAGCACCAAUCAGCGCGCGUCCAACCAAAUUCCUUCAACUUUCUUCCCCUGCAACUUGCUCGAGUUUCUAUACAGAACUCCCUCCGCCGCCCCUCUAAUCCAUCCGAGACAACGCCCCUUCUCCCCCGCUUCUCUCAUCCGCAGCCACGCCUUUUCCACUGCCCCUCCACUGCGGCGGGAAUUCCACUCUCUGCAAACAUGUUCGCCAGAUCCGUUGCGCGCAAUGUGCCCGCCAAAGCCAUCUCCCGUCAGACUUUCCGACAAACAAUGCGAGACUCUUCCACAACCUCCGGCUCCCGCGUUGAGUCACCCUUCUACCUUACCCUCUCCGCCUCUGCAGCCACUGUCACCGCUGUCGGCGCGGUUGCAUGGUACUACCAUUUAUAUGGCCAGGAGGCGUUUGCUAUGACACCUGCUGAAGAAGGGUUACAUCCAGCGAAAUACCCAUGGGAACAUACAAAAUGGACCAAGACAUUUGACCACCAAGCCCUCCGCCGCGGUUUCCAGGUAUAUCGCGAGGUAUGCAUGGCCUGUCACUCACUCACCCGUGUUCCUUGGCGCGCAUUCGUGGGUACUAUACACACCGUAGAUGAGAUGAAAGCCAUGGCCGAAGAAUACGAGUACGACACCGAACCUAACGACCAGGGCGAGAUCGAGAAACGUCCCGGCAAGCUGUCCGACUACAUCCCUCCCCCAUACAAGAAUGAAGAGGCUGCACGUGCCGCGAACAACAGCGCUCUGCCCCCGGAUUUGAGUUUGAUGGUCAAAGCUCGCCAUGGCGGCUGUGACUAUAUCUUUAGUUUGUUGACUGGGUAUCCCGAUGAGCCUCCAGCCGGGGCCACCGUUCAGGAGGGAUUGAGCUUUAACCCUUACUUCCCCGGAACUGGCAUCGCCAUGGCUCGCGUCCUGUUCGAUGGCCUCGUCGAAUACGAAGAUGGCACCCCCGCUACCACGUCACAGAUGGCCAAGGAUGUAACUGAGUUCCUCAACUGGACCGCUGAGCCGGAGAUGGACGAGCGCAAGAAGAUGGGCCUGAAAACCCUCGCCAUUACCGCCAUGCUGACCGCCAUCAGCAUUUGGAUCAAGCGUUACAAGUGGGCACCCAUCAAGUCGCGGAAGAUUGUCUACACUCCACCCGUUAGCAGGCCUCCUAUCACCAAACGUUGA